GGGAAAUAUGUUUGUUUUGAUUCUCCUUUACUACGUCAUCGCGAUGCUGGGCAUCGUCGUCGCGUAUCUUGUGGCCGCGGUUUCCCCCAACAUGGAUGUCGCAAAUACGAUGCUGCCAGUGUACGUCACAACCUGCAUGUACUUCGGAGGAUUCUUCAUCGUCUUCUCCAAGAUCGGACCAGGAAGGAUGGUACCCAGGAUACAACAGUUAACUCUUCAUCUAACUUAUAGCUUCAUCUAACUAUAAAUAGUCAUGAAGGGAAGUCUAAGGUUUACUGGUGAUGGUGAUACUGAUAUCCAGGUACGUGGUGGUAUGUAUAGACCCACCAAUCCUGACGUUAGGUUGUUAAAGUGAAUCAAACAAUAGCAAACUUUGACAGAAAACUGUUCCUUGUGGAUGAUAAAAUGGAAAAAUUGUGCUUAUCGUAACAUAAUUACUUCUACAAAAUGGUACUGGUUUUCAUGGAUCAGCUUUUUGCGCUAUCCGCAUGGUGCCAAGCAAGAACUGUCCACAUUGUCGUUGUUAAAGAUGACCUGUUUCUAAUUGAUUCCAUUAGAUUCGAGUAGAAUAUGAGGAGCCUGACUAAUUGUGAUAGGUAGAAGAACUAGUUGUAAUUUAGAAGUAUGUUCGAAAAACAUCCUGCUGAUUACACAAAGAGUUUUUGAACUUAGUAG